GGGGAGGUCAGGUGACCCGGCCGGCGUCCCAAGAUGGCGGCGGCAUCGGCACCCGGGAGGCCGAGGCACCGUCCCGGCUGCUGAGGCGGGCCCCGCGCGGCUGGCGGCGGACGGGCCAGGCCGAGGGCUGGCGAGCGGACGGCCGCCGCCCCUGCGCGCCCCGCGGCCGGGGCUGAGCCGUGCGGCGGCGGCGCCGGGGGAUGCUCGUGCUGGGCCCGGCCUCUCCCUCCUCAACUUAGGGCGGCGGCGGGCCCGCGCCCCUGGCUCCCGGGCCAUGGCGCUGAGGGAGCUCAAAGUGUGUCUGCUGGGGGAUACAGGUGUAGGUAAAUCGAGUAUCGUGUGGCGGUUCGUGGAAGACAGUUUUGAUCCAAACAUCAACCCAACAAUAGGGGCAUCUUUUAUGACCAAGACUGUCCAGUACCAAAAUGAGCUACAUAAAUUCCUAAUCUGGGAUACAGCUGGACAAGAACGAUUUCGUGCCUUAGCGCCGAUGUACUAUCGAGGGUCGGCUGCGGCCAUCAUUGUUUACGACAUCACAAAAGAAGAGACAUUCUCAACACUGAAGAACUGGGUGAAAGAGCUCCGACAGCACGGCCCGCCCAAUAUCGUCGUUGCUAUUGCCGGGAAUAAGUGUGAUCUUAUCGACGUCAGAGAAGUCAUGGAGAGAGAUGCUAAGGACUAUGCCGACUCCAUCCAUGCGAUCUUUGUGGAGACCAGCGCGAAAAACGCGAUCAACAUAAAUGAACUGUUUAUAGAAAUUAGUCGAAGAAUUCCGUCCGCUGACGCCAACCCGCCGUCUGGCGGCAAGGGCUUCAAGCUCCGGAGACAGCCUUCCGAGCCGCAGCGAAGCUGCUGCUGACCGAGCCUCGGCCUCCCAGACUUGAUGAUGAAGUAGGUGGUCCAGAAAGUUAACAGGAGGGCUGGGGUCCCUGCCGGCAGGUUUCGCCUCGCCGGUUUGGGUCUUCAUGCAAAAGGACUCAGAGAGGUUGGCCAGUUCCGCUUCCUCUUUGGAGGCUGCAGCAGUAACAUUUCCGUCUGCAGACCGCCGUCGCGUCACGAGUCUGGUGUGCAAAGGGACUGCAUCGUUGGCUUUUGACCUUGCUGAAAAGGAACAUGUAAUUGUAUGGAUGGUAGGAUUAAAUUGUUGAGUAGUUUUGUAAUCAAGAUUUUAUGUAACAUUUGUAAAGGGAAAAUUAGCACUUUCAUGGUUCUUGAGGAAGAAAAGACCUUGCAGAGAUUGUAAUUUCCUUGGUUUCCCGUUACCACUGUUAGAGGGAAUCGUAUCAUUUAAAAUGUGGUAGGUGAUCGUAAGUGGAGGGAUGGCAAUCAUUAUUGGGAGCUAAACUGGGUUAUUUAUAGGACUGAUGGAAAUGACUCCGUCCCCACCAUCUCUAAAGCACUUUAGCCCAUGAUAACAUACAGUAAAUUAAUAACGGUAACCACAGAUGCAUAGCUCACCCGAGGUUUGCAUUCCAACCUCAUCCUGUAUGUGUCACAAAACACAUCAUUGGCACCUUUUUAAAUAAGCUCUCAUGAUCAAGAUGGUGGCGGUAGAGAAGCUGUAUGGAAUAAAUUGAAUUGCAUAUGUUUGAACUGACUAGCAGUGGUUUAAAAAAGAGGAAGAAGAGAGAUAGUAAAGAAAGUGGUGUAAAUUCUGUCAAUUUUUUAUUUAACCCAGAUAUUUUGGUGGGGAAAACAGUUACCUGUUGCUUAGCAUAUGUAAAGUUGUAGUCUAUAUUUAUGAGACCAUUGCUUAAAGAUUAUAAAUUAUGUAAAUACAUGAAUAAAUUCUAUGUUUCACCCAACACUCCAUUUAAUCUCGCAGCCAGUGUCUUGGUGUGCCCACCCACCUCUCAGCCUGUCUGUGGGGGGCUCUGCUGCACAUUUCUAUUGGGCGAGAGCACAGAGCACUUGGCUUACAGUCUUUGAAGAGGUCUCUGCCUCUCCUUCCACCCACCCCUCCCUUCCACAUCCCAUCUGGAAAUCAUAAUAAAGACAUAUGCCACUUUGACGAGCCUGACUAGCCCUUCCUAGCCUGGGGGUAAAAGAUUACACUCCAAGUUCAAGUCAUUUCACCUGGUCUUGGUAAUAAGUUUCUUUUAGCAUUUACAACAACCUCAGACAAGUGUUUCAAGCGAGCUUUCCUUGUUAACAAUUCAGCUUAUCUCUCCGUUUCCUUUAUCCCCCUGCCUCUGUUAGUGGUUAACACUCUUUCCCUCAGGGAGCCUAAUGAGGUUUUUAAUAUAAUCUAAAAAUAAAGCACUGAAGUGAAGUUGGUGACAAUUUGCUCCUGGUCUAAUUUGGCACCCUUCCAACCUGAGUAUUGUAAGGGAAGGAAAUUUACAAGAUUAAGUAGGAAAUGAAACAGCUUGAAUUUCAAACUAAAUUGUGUUUUCAGAGCUAUCCUUAAACUGAACAGUUGAAACUUUUAAAAAUAAUUGUUAUUUCCCUGUGCCCUCCACUUGAUAUGGGUAGAUUUUAAUGGGAAAAUUAUAACCCAGAUUAAGUAAAAAGCGAUUCCCUUUUCCCUGGUGUAUAUCUUAAGCAUUUGAAAUUAUUUAUUCUCUUGCUGAAAUCAUAUGGAAAGACUGUAGUUAGGGAAAAUUCUAACGUUUUGUUUAAAAUACAUGCGGACUCGGUACCCUCCUAGCAGCUUGCUCCCUUCCCACCAUGAAAUGAGCAAGCUGUAGGAAAAAACACAUGAUUCUAAGGGUGGGCUCUUGACACCUGAAGAGGGUUGAAUUUCCUUUUCCAUACAUGCAGAUGGAUCAGGGCAUCUGGCCUCGGCCGUGGUGUGUCCCUAACACUCCCACUGCUGGGCCUCCAUCUCCACGACAACAAACAAAAUGAAAACAAAGGGUGCUUGACUCACUACCAAGAGGGGGUGCACGGGUGGCCCUUUCUGUCUUACUUCACCGAAAGAUGACGCACAUCUGUGACCUUCACAUUCUUCCCACCAAACCUGUCAGCCUGUCGAUGAUUCCCUGGGGCCUGGGUGCCCGGGGAAGGCCGCUUGUUUCCGUGCGUCUCUGACUGGCAAGGCGUCGGCCUGCCUCUCAUCCUGUCCCCACUGUCACUGCAUUUAGCCCAAAACAGGGCCGGCUCUUCAGGCCCUCCUUGGCUGUUCUUUCUUCAUGACUUCUCACGCUCCUCCCUGUUUGUAGAGAGGGCUUCUGUUUGGUUCUGGCCACAUGUUUUAGUCCCAGAAUGAAUGACGGGUGGGUGGCUCGUGCAACAUCACUGUCUUCCUGAGUUCUGGGGCCUCUUCUCUUCUGCCCUCCUUUUCAUCAGACUGUUUCAGGAAUCGACGAGAACCUGCUUCUCAUGUAGCGCUUUCUUAACCACUAGCCGCAGCACCUUGUCAUCUUGGAUCUUUGUGAUCCAUACCCCAUGAAAACAGGGGGAAAUGUUUCCAUUUGUUUUGUUCGCUUGUGUGAUGCAGAGAUGGAGAUUAAAGGCGGAAGCAGUGUCUUAUUUUGAACAUGCUUUGGAUUAAUAACCUGACCAAGCAAUGAUCUAAUACACAUUUCAUAUAUUCUCAGUUCUUUCUUAUGGGAAAAAGCCAGAUUUCAAAGGAAUUGAGACACAGCCCAUCUAUAAAAAUCUUCUUUUUGGUUCCCUUCUGACAAAGGGCCAUUUUAAAAAACUUUGGGGACUGAAAAAAGAGAAAAAUCAUUAAUUAGCUGCAAGUGUAUAUUGAUUCCUCUCAGAGAAACUGAAAUGAGCUCUUUGCAGGUGCCCAGUCCUAGGAACCAUCAGUCUCCAGAAAUCUCCUUUCACACAAGUGUUUUUCCGAUUCUGUGGUAACUAAUUAACCAUCAUUUGGUGAUUAAAAGAACAUAAAGUAAGAGUAUGAUUAAGUGUCCUUCAUUUUAAACUCUCUUUAAGAAGUGAUUAGGGAGAAGUACCUAUUGCAAGCCCUUCUGGUUCCAAAUGAAACCUCCAUCACCUGCUUUUCAGCCAUAGGCAGGGUAAGUGCUACGCAGAGCGGCUGUGAGAGUUGGUUCCUUUAAAAUAACACAUGUCCUUGUUGCCCAUUUAUGAUUCUGGUUGACGCGGACGCCUCCCGUAUCCGAAGGUUAGCGCCUUUUGUAUUAGAGGCUUGACCUCCUCCCUGGAGUGGGCUGGUGCCCUUCUCGAGGCAAUCAUUUUUCAUUAUUUUUUAAGUAUUAUUAUAAAAAGGGAAGGAAGACCACAUGUAAUUUUAGAAUUUCUCUUUAAGUCUUGUUUUGUUUUGUUUUGUUUUUUCCUCAAGAAGGAAAACAGGUCUAGGAGACCUUCUAAAUUAAACUCUGGGAGAUAGAGUAAUGAAAAUGUCCUUUAGAGAACCGCUCCAUGGCUUUCCUGGAGAUGUCAAACCAGACUCUCGCUACCUUCUCGGCAGUGUGUUAAAAUGGACAGGUCUGACUCAGAUUACACUGCACUAAUUGGCAUGUCCGCCUCGGGGCUUGAAAAGACAUUUGUUCACCAUUAGAUGCCUCUUUUCUCUUCUGUGGGUGAGUUGCAAAAGAGGUUAUAUAAAUUCUUACAAGCAUUUUUUCCUACUCAUUUUUUUCAGAACACACUGAGAACAUGAUUCAUGGCCCUGCGGUUGUAUAAGAUACAGGUGCAAAGAAUAUUAUAUACAGCAGAUGAGCCCCCACACACACACAUUCAGAUGUCUUUGCAAGAACCUAUCUGUAGAAGUAAUGAGGGAAUCCUUCCCUUCUGAGGAAGAGCUACCGAGAGCCCCUUAACUCUGAUACCUACCAGGUACCUGCUUCAGAACAUUGGGGGGAUGACAGCCCACACACUCAGGCUGGCUCUCUUCUCUAAGCUCAGUAGUCUGUAAAUGUUCUUCCUGGCUCUAUAAGGAAAGUUAAUGAUCACGAUAAGCUAGAUGGUGUGAACUCGUGGAAACAUCUUCCUCGUUUAAAUUUGUUGGAAAGGGACUGGCAGCAUGACUUCUGUUUACUGUUUGACUUCAAGAGAGUCUACUUCUUAACAGUUAAAGUAUUUUAAAAAAGGAAGAAGUGGAAUGUACUUUUAUGGAUCAAGCUAUCACUAUAUACCUGCCUUCAAUUAGCUUGGUGCAUGAAAAGCUCAACAAUGAUUCAAGGUGUGUUUAGGAGACUUACCUUAACUCCUACAGCACGAUCAUAAAAAAAACAGUCCAAGUAACAGAUCUGUCCAGGAGAUACACAUUAUAGGCACAGUUUUAGAAAAGGGAGGUCAUGUGGAAAUCUAGCCUAGGCGUGGAAGAAACGACCUCUGCCAAUUUCUCUUGACAGCAGAGUUACUUGUCUUGACUUCCAGUAAUAGAAAUCCAGGCAAUUUGAUUAUCGGAUUUGCAAGAAACAUUAAUGGAAUUCUGGGGCAUUUGUCCUGUUUUAAGUGCAAAUGAAAGUCUAAAAAAUAUUAGAAGGGUAUUACAUUUUUCAGGAGCCUCCGGUUUUUCAAUCUAAGAGAAUGAUAAGAGAGACCUGGCGUGAUGAAGUUGCAUUAGACAUAAUGAAGAAAGUGAAUAAAUAAAACCAAGAAUUCCCAUAUUUCUCGGUUUGUCCUUCAGGAUGCUCUGAGUAUAUAGGAAAAUGAUUUACUUUCCAAAUCUAGAAGGACUUCCAGUAGCAUAGAUCAACUUUAAUUUGAUGGUCUGCACCAUCAGAAAUAACUAAUAUCUGUGUUCUUUCCUUUUAGAGUAUAAUCAAUUACAGAUGCUAGAAUAUUUUUGGCUUCAAAACAAAAGGAUUCAGGAGUUUAAUAAAAAAAAAAUUUUUAAACCUUCCAUCUUCUCUUACCACAUUGAACAUUUUAGAUAGUAAAAUGAGGAUGUACCCUCCAUUGGUACUGGAAUUAAAACCAUGGAGUCUGAACAAAUUUAAGAAAAAAAUAUUUCAUUUAUUGUUAGCUCGUUUUCGAAUCUGUAUGGUGCCCAGUACCUCAUCAAAACGCUUCGUAAAUGAAGCAAACCAAAUUCUGGAUAGCUUCCCAUGAACAGGAAUUCAAGUGCCCAGAAUUCAGCUAAUAAAUGGGAAACCUAAGAUAGUCAUGAUUUUUUGAAAAAGCCUUCUUUAACUGGUACUUUUAAACUGUAGAUUCUUGAUGUUCUCCUUAAUCACGCCACAGAAACAGAACGUGCUGGUUUGAUGCCACUUCUUGAUUCGGGAGCGUGCCCUCGUUUCUGGAAGCAGAUUGUGUUGAAUGCAGGACGGUGAAGGAAAUCACCUUUAAUACAGCAUAUUGCACGGACGGCUGGUAGUCUUUACUCAGAACUGAAAUGGCCCGGGUGGCUCCCAGGACAGCAUGAGUCAGGUUGUGGAGAACGGAGGACGCAGCUCCUUGCCCACAGCGAGUCCAGAGCCGGCUCGGGCGCGUUGUUCAGCACACAGCAGCGCGGGACUUCGCCUCGGGGCCUCAGUCUCAUGUCAUUUGUCCUUUAUCAAUUCUUUCAUCAAAUCUGUGCCUGAAUAGUGAGUUUUACCCCCUGAAAAAUGUUGAAAGCGAGGCUGAAGUGUGCGUACCUCUGCUGACUUCGCAUAUGAGGUUAUCACGGAGUUUCUGGAACUUUUCUGAAUAUGGGUCAUGCACGUGAUGUCAGAGUGACCGGUCGAUUCAGCGCGGGCGGAGGGAAUUGUGGGCAGCUGGCUAGUCAGAGCAACUGAUUGGUGGCUCUAUUUUUAAACCAUUUGUUGUCUUGGGGGCCUGGGUGGCUCAGUUGGUUAAGCGACUGCCUUCGGCUCAGGUCAUAAUCCUGGAGUCCCUGGAUCGAGUCCCGCAUCGGGCUUCCUGCUCGGUGGGGAGUCUGCUUCUCCCUCUGACCCUCCCCCCUCUCAUGUGCUCUCUCUCAUUCUCUCUGUCUCAAAUAAAUAAAUAAAAUCUUUAAAAAAAAAAAAAAACCCAUUUGUUGUCUUGUGUAGACAGGGCUGUAUUGGCCUAGAAAAGAUUUUUCUUUUUUUACUCUCAUCCAGCUCAGUCUUUGCAUCAUUUCCACCUUAUGAGUCGUUCACAUAAUUGUCAAUCAUGCCUCUGACCUUCUUAAGAAUUGAUGUCUUGCCUUCUCUGUGAUCGAAACAGACUCCUUGCCUUAUUUCUCUUCUUCUCAUUUUGCGAUGGGCUCUCCCUUAAAGACGCACGGCACCCGCCACUCCUCAGGGCACGCAGCAUUGCUUCCCGGGCCGCCUGCCACGGUGGCCGCAGCGGGGUCCGGCGAGCGCCGAGCGCCAUGGGGAGACGCAGAGGCUAAGUCUAGGUGAGGAGCUCCCGUCUUUCCAGAGAGGGAGCGGGCCGCACUAGCCGGCGGGGGCAACAUGACUGAGGGACAAAACGGGCUUUCGAGUCGGUGACGAGAUGGCUGAAGUGUCAGAACAUUUCUUCGUCUGUCACAGAGCACCUGUUAACGUAUGUAAAGAUACACAUCUAAAGUCUUGAAGAGAAACAGCUGCGGAGAUGAGCCUAGACCUUUAAAAAUAAAUAAAUAAAAGCAAAGCUGUCGUACCAGCAACUCUUAUUUCUCCUAAGAAUGUCAUGCCUUUUCAAGACCUGAUGCAAGGAGUAAGAUAUUUGUGCCUUUUUAUAAUAGCACCUAUUAUGGGGAAGGAAGAAAAAAACCAAACCAUUACGUUGCUUGCAGGUUCGGCCGCUUUGUAGCCCUGUAAACAGCCCGAAUGCGUAGCCACGCCUUCGCUGCAUGACGUGUUGCUUCAUCACCUGAGAUGGAACAUUGUAAUGGGGAUGGCCAAGCUCGCGUGGAUGUCAAAGACUUUAUUUUUGCAGUCUUUACCUUGGGCUGGACCUAAGUCUACAUGUAAACCAUAUGAUGUAUGAUGUCUGUAUUGUUUGUAGAUGCUGACGAAAGAAAACUAGAUCUUUUGAUUUUUUUGUUAUAAGACUUUUCUUUUUAUACUUAGGCUGGUAGUAGGUAGUUUGCAGACGGUGGUGGAUUUGGCAUACUUUUAAACUCUAUCGUCUUAGCUUGACUGUUCUACGAUGAACUUUACAGAGUAUAACAUGCUAAAUCACCACAAAAUUUGUUGUAUUGUAAGAAGGGUGUAAACAUUUUGUUAAUAAAAUGCUAUGUUUACAAA